UCUUCCUGCACCAACCCACCACCCAAACAGUACCACUACACCACUCUCUCAUGUCACCACCAUUGCUCUGCUUCUUCCCUCUUUGCUAAUGGAGCUCAUAGCAAAAAACGAUGGGUUCUCUUCACAGAAAGCGAAGCCAGCAUACACAUUACAGGCCAACAAGCUGAGCUACAAGCUGGUCCCGCGCGACGGCCACUGGUGGCGGGGUUCGGGUGCCAAGGCGCGCUACAUUCUGUGCGGUGUCACCUGCGAGGCUCGGCCGGGGGAGAUCCUGGCGAUUGCUGGGCCGAGCGGUGCGGGAAAAUCGACCCUUCUAGAGAUCCUUGCUGGGAAGGUGUCUCCGGGGAGCUUUUCUGGGGAGGUUCUUGUCAAUCGUAAGCCGAUCGACGGGUCGAGGUUGAGGAGGAUAUCGGGGUAUGUGACCCAGGAUGACGCGUUGUUCCCUUUGCUCACUGUGGAGGAGACGCUCAUGUACAGUGCGUGCUUGCGGGUGAGGGGCGGAGCGAGAGAGAGAGCAUGCAGGGUGCGCACGCUGGUGCGUGAGCUUGGCCUGGAGCAUGUGGCGAGACAGAGGGUGGGAGCUGAGGAUGCAAGGGGGAUCUCUGGAGGUGAGCGGCGGAGGGUUUCCAUCGGUGUCGACACGGUGCAUGACCCUGCUGUUCUCUUGCUCGACGAGCCAACAUCAGGGCUGGACAGCGCCUCUGCGUUGCAGGUGGUGUCGAUGCUUCGGGACAUGGCGGUGGUGCAUGGGCGAACUAUCGUGUUGAGCAUACACCAGCCGGGAUUUCGAAUCCUGGAGCUGGUGGAUUCGGUCUUGCUUUUAGAAGACGGGUCGGUCCUGCACCAUGGCUCACUUGGGUUGCUCGAAACCAGGCUCAAGCUCGCCGGGAACCGUAUCCCUCCUCAUGUGAAUGUCCUCGAGUUUGCGAUCGACGCCAUGGAUAGCUUGCAAAGGCACAAGAUCCUGCACCACUCUGCAACUCUCAACGAGCUCUUCCUCCUAUCUGAUCAAUUUCGCCAUGGAAAAGCAACAUCAGACAAAGGCGAGUCUUGCUCUGUACGCUCAGACAGAUCCAUGGGCUAUGCCAAUUCAUGGGUGCGCGAGGUGUCCAUACUAACAAGCAGGUUUUGCAAGAACACUCUGAGGACAAAGCAGCUCUUCGCGGCCCGAACCCUGCAGGCCUUAGUUGCAGGGUUCGGGCUCGGAACGAUAUUUCUAAACAUCGGCUAUGGUGAAGCAGGAAUGCAAGAGAAGGUUGGUUUCUUUGCUUUCAGUCUCACUUUCCUUCUCUCCUCCACAACAGAGGGGCUCCCCAUCUACUUACAGGAGAGGAAAAUCUUAACCAGAGAAACCUCUAGAGGAGCUUACAGGGUCUCAGCCUACGUUAUAGCCAAUGCUUUAGUGUUCAUCCCCUUCUUGUUAAUGGUGGCUCUCCUAUACUCUAUUCCUGUGUACUGGCUCGUCGGCCUCCGGAAGGGGUUCCCCGCCUUCACCUACUUCGUGGGCGUGGUGUGGCUGGUGCUUCUCAUGGCGAAUUCAUUCGUUGCCUGCUUCAGCGCACUGGUGCCUAAUUUCAUAAUGGGAAACUCCCUCAUUGCUGGCUUCAUGGGUGCCUUCUUCCUCUUCUCUGGUUAUUUCAUUUCAAAGGGGAGCAUACCAAAAUACUGGGUCUUCAUGCACUAUUUGAGCCUCUUCAAGUACCCCUUCGAGGCCUUCCUGAUCAACGAGUACACGGGCACCGGGGGCUCCCGGUGCUUACAGCAGGGCAUUGGUGGCUGCGCGCUCGAUGGGGCCGGGUUUUUGGAGCAACAGGGUCUGAGGGUGAGGCAGAAGUGGAGCAACGUGGCCGUGAUGCUGCUCUUUGUUUGUGGAUACAGGGUGCUCUGUUUUUUGAUCCUUUGGUUCAGGUGCUCUAAGACGAGGAAAUGAGAGGCGCAAUGCUGGUUGAUCAGGCCUCUGGACUGAGCCCAGUGUUUGGUUUGGGCUGGUGGAUUCGUGGCUCCUGACUUUUGUGUGGGCCUUGGCCCGGUACAAUGAGGGUACAAGUUUGGGGCCCGCGCUUUUGGAAGGGGGAAGGGAAGUUGAGUGUCUUGGGACUUGGUAAUUUCUUGUUGUGCGUGGGGCUUUUGAUCAGAGAGUUUCAUAAGCUCUUUGCUUGUGCUCCACUUGGGAAACGGCCCCCAAAAUCAUUAAUAA